CUGACACGGGAGUCUCAGCCGCGGACAAGAAGAAACUCACCGCAGAUCCGCCCAAGGGGGAGAAGACCAACGUUGUUGAUGUGAAGGACACCAAAGCCAGUGCACAGCCCCCCAAAACCCAAACGCAAGCAUCUGGACGCAAAGUGGAGGCUAAUCAGAAGGUGGAGACUGUACCCAAAAGUAAGGAAAGUUACGAGACAGUAACCAAACCUCCUACCGACCCGAAGCAGAUCGUGACUGAGGCCCAAAAAAAGGCGCCCAAGGCUCCUGAGAAGGCCGCUGCAAACAAGGCUGCUGAUGUGAAUGAGUACAACAAUAAGGAGUACUACUCUCACAACAAAUAUUCCUACUAUGAUCUGGAGAACAAGAUACACAGCUACGGUAACCGUGUGGAGCAACCUGAUGGGAGUCGUCGUUAA